CUCGGGUCAUGCGGCACCGGGUCGGUGCGUUGCAAUGUUUGCGCAUCCUAAUGUGCGUUGGUGCAGGCAGAUAUUUCGGGCUUCAGGGGCUUCCCUUUGCCAUACCGAUUGCACAAAAGAGACUUCCCAAGGACACAGCGUGGGAGGAUGAUGUAGUGCUAUUCUUAGAUUGUGACGAUUGCCUCUACCAAAACAACUGGACCACGGCCGAGAAGCUGACGGACAGCAUUGCAGCCUACACUGCUCGCCUUGGUGUCAGCAAAGAGGAAGCUUUUGCUUUGUACGAAGAGCAUGGGACCGCAUUGAAAGGCCUUCUCGCUGAAGGAAUCCUGGAUGAAAAUGGUGCAGAAGUGUAUUUGCAAGACGUGCAUGCCAUUGACCUGUCUGACAUCACUCCGGAUCCGCAGCUGGCGCGGCUGGUGGGGCGUCUACGAAAACGGCCCUGGAUUUUCACCGCCUCUACGGAGGAGCAUGUGCGGCGCUGCAUCAGACGACUGAAGCUGUCAUCCAAAGACCUGGCUGGGAUCAUUGACACACGUCUCUGCAGGUUGGAAACAAAGCAUCACCCCAGCAGCUUCAAUGUGGCCAUGCAACGGGCUGGUGUUGCCAGGCCUGAGCACUGCCUUCUUUGUGAUGAUAGUCUCAAAAACAUUCGCGCGGCGAAGCGGAUGGGUUGGCGCGCAGUCUUGGUGGGCUACUUGAGUCGUGGCGAUGGAUCACCAGUCCAGUGCGAGGAAGCAGAUUUUCACAUUGGCAACUCAGAGAUGAAGGGCCUCAGGUGGUCGGGUCUAUGAUGGACUUACGAUGCUGAAAGCGAACUUCAUCUUUCUUCAUGAUUUGUCUAGCCAAGAUUUUCAAUGCCAAGAUACUCAGAAUGGGUCGUUCUAAGCAUUGUGGCGCUUUAUCAAUGUGCUAAGGACUCAGGGGUUGCAAGGGAUUCCGAUCAUUUUGGGUAGCUGGGUAGCAGAACCCCGGACCUGUUUUGCGAGGAGGUGCACUGCUAAUGCUAAGGUUCGAUCCACGAAUUGCCUGAAGUGAUGCCAGAGCUUUGGAAUUGAAGCAGACCGGGCAGACCCUCCAAUUUGGUGGUUGAGGUCCGCAUUCUUAAGAAACACUGAUGUAGGAACCCACUUGUUCAAGUUGCCAAGUUGCUAAGAUCAUAUUUGGCUUAUAGUUUUUGGUUGAACCAAGCUGAGAAGAGCUUGCUAACAAGGCAGCUAUUCCAAGAGGGUGGAAGGUUGCAGCUGCCGAGUGAAAACUGCUCGGCUGUACUGAGCUGCGCAACAGCCGCCAGACCCCAGUGUUGGCUGUGUGUGUCACAGCUCCAAGCUCCAGAAGAGGGACCAACUCUGUGGAUCCACUCUGGAAAGUCUCUCUUCGAUAAGAUUCGAUAAGUGAACAAUUAGAACAAUUCAAUGUUUCCAGAAACGGGCCAAAGAUGCGUGCGAGCGGCACUUGCUAGCCCGAUCAAAGACCGGAGGAAGCAAACGAGCGAGCAGCAAAGUAC